AUGGCGGCUGUCUUUGAAGAGCACGGUCCUGCUUAUGUCAGUCUGGGCAACGUGUCGCCACCACUGCCCAAAUCGUGGCCCCAGACGUGGGGUGAGGCAGCGACGGAUUCGUUGAAUUCCUUGGUUUUUCCUGGCCUGGAUUUCUCAGGUUUGGUCUUUGGGCAGCCACCCUUCUCGGAUUUGAAAUUGGAUGAUUCCACGUCCUUCCCCGUGGAUUUUUGGACGCCCAACUCCUUGAGUGUGGGUCUACCCACAUCAGCUUUCAAGGAGGCGCAGAAGCUUCAGUUCAUGCAGGAUGAUGCUUUGUCGAGCGAGAAAGAGACCAGCAAGGAUCUCUUGAAGAGGCAGCUUCAAAAGACGCAGCUCUGCAUGUUCUGGAAGAGGAAUUGUUGCGCCAAGGGCUCGGACUGCACCUUCGCGCACAGCGUGGAGGAGCUCAAAGAGCUGCCUGAUUUGAGGAGGACAUCUUUGUGCAAGCAGUGGCUUAAAGGCCGGUGCCCUCUUUCAGCUUCCACCUGUCGGUAUGCCCACGGUGAAGCAUAUCUUCGAAGGACCUUCGAGGCGGCCCUUGGGGGUCCGAAGAUGGAGUGGGGGAUGGCGGCAAAAGAGGAGGACGGGCGCCGUCGUCAGAAAGGUCGGCUGGCGAAUGGGCUGGGCGAUGCCUGA